AUGGACCAGCUCAAGCCCAGCGACUUCACGCUCCUGCCGCAAUGCGCCGAACUGCUGGAUAUCUGCGUCGACACCAGCGAGCGCCGCGCCGAGCUGGCACGCAAGAUGGAGGCCAUCACUCUGCACAUGAACCGUCUGCGUGAGACCAGCGACCAGAAGAAGGUGGCCGAGUGCCAGGCUGAGCUGGAAGAGCAGGUCAACGAGCUGACAGAGUUUGGCAAGUAG